GGGGCUCGAGCGCUGGGGUGAGAGGAGAGAUGCAGGGUGAGAGGAGAGGAGACGAGUAGGGGUAUGUCUGAAGCUCUCCCCAACUCCCGCCCCGGUCCCUUUAAGCUCCCCCCCACUUCCAGCUCUCCCUCCUUUCCACCCCCCACCCCCGCCGCUGUCUUCUCUCCAUCUCUUGCGCUGCUGCUGGCUGCGCAAUCUGUGCACCCAGACUCCGACGCCAGUUGGGGACCCAGACUCCAGCUGCAGGGACCCUGCCCCAGUGAGACUACAAGCAUGUCAUCGGAAAAGUCAGGCCUCCCCGACUCAGUCCCUCACACCUCUCCGCCGCCCUACAAUGCUCCCCAGCCGCCGGCCGAACCCCCCGUCCCGCCCCCACAGGCAGCCCCCUCCUCGCACCACCACCACCACCACCACCACUACCAGUCUGGCACCGCCACCCUCCCGCGCUUAGGGGCUGGCGGCCUGGCUUCUUCCGGGGCCACUGCUCAGCGUGGCCCCUCCUCCUCUGCCACUCUGCCACGACCCCCACACCACGCCCCGCCCGGGCCGGCCUCCGGGGCACCCCCACCCGGCUGUGCUACCUUGCCCCGCAUGCCCCCCGACCCUUACCUGCAGGAGACUCGCUUCGAGGGCCCACUGCCCCCACCGCCGCCCGCCGCCGCGGCUCCGCCCCCGCCGGCGCCCUCUCAUACUGCCCAAGCCCCCGGCUUCGUGGUGCCCACGCACACCGGGACGGUAGGCACCCUGCCGCUGGGCGGCUACGUGGCCCCCGGCUACCCCUUACAGCUGCAGCCUUGCACUGCUUAUGUGCCAGUCUACCCAGUGGGCACGCCCUAUGCAGGCGGGACCCCGGCGGGAACGGGAGUAGCCUCCACGCUCCCCCCGCCACCCCAGGGCCCCGGGCUGGCCCUGCUGGAGCCACGGCGCCCGCCGCACGACUACAUGCCCAUCGCAGUGCUGACCACCAUCUGCUGCUUCUGGCCUACAGGCAUCAUCGCCAUCUUCAAGGCAGUGCAGGUGCGCACGGCCUUGGCCCGCGGAGACAUGGUGUCGGCCGAGAUCGCUUCGCGCGAAGCCCGGAAUUUCUCCUUCAUCUCCCUGGCGGUGGGCAUCGCAGCCAUGGUGCUCUGUACCAUCCUCACCGUAGUCAUCAUCAUUGCCGCGCAGCACCAUGAGAACUACUGGGAUCCGUAGAGACGCCCUCGGCCCCGCCCCGCCCUGCGCCCCGCGACCUCCCGAGCGCGUCCUGCAGUCUGGCCGCGGACCCAGUGGGCGCCCCGCACACCCGCCCCAGGGGCUACGGGACUUCGGCACGUCCCGAACUCGGACUCCACAGAACCUCUAGCCUCUCCGGCACGCUCCGAAUCCAGUUCCUCAGGAACCCCGCCAAAGCCCACACCCCCAGAGACGCCGCGUCCCCGAUCUCAGCCAAACGCCGGCCCCCAGCCGCUCCAGACCCCCCGCCCGCCCUCCCUCCUAAGCGCAGCGCCCCUAGCGGAGCUCCCUGAGUGUUUGCUCCGCCGCCUGCAGGCCCCUCCUCCUCCCGUGUAGGCCCCGCCCCCGCUCUGACAAUGCCCCGCCUCCCGGCUCCCACUGCUUCCUUCUCUUCUGGCAAGUGAUUCCGUGCGGUGAUUGGCCCCAGACUGAGUCCCUAGACAGACUCUUCUGCUUCUACUGGCGCUAGGACCCAGCCCCGGGGUAGGCACGAUCCCCAGGCUAACUCCGGGUUUUUGUUUCUUUUUUUUCUAGUACAGUUUUCGCAUCGCCCUCCCCGAUCUCCGCCGAUUUUCUUGCUAAUUCCAGAGCCUCUCA